CGCCCGGGGGUCACGGCCGCCCGCCGGGAGCGGCCCCGUCCGGUCCGGUCCCGGGCGCUCCUGACGCGGCUCCCGGGCGCUCUCGCCCUGCCGGCGGCAAUGAGGGCGCUGCCCCCGCGCUGGGCGGCCCUGGCUGUGCGAGCGGCGGGCGGGCAGUGGGCGCCGCCCGUGCCCCGCCGCGGUCGCAGCGGCCCCGGCCCGCCCCCGCCGCGGGAGUGGGCGCUGUCGGUGAGCCCGCGGGGGCGGCUGCGGGUGCGGCUGCCGUGCCAGGUGAGCGUCCGCCCGCUGGACCCGCAGCGCUGCCCGGGCGCCGACCGGGUCCUGGUGGCCGUGAGCGGCGGCAGCCCCGGGCGGGAGCGGGAUCGGGACCCGGUGCGGGUGGAGCACGACGAGGCGCUGGGGCAGGUGGCGAUCCUGGCGGACAGCGUGGACAGCAAGACCGCCGUGGACGUGCGGACGCCGGUGAAGUUCGAUUUGGAUAUCAAAACGUCAGGGACUGGCUGCGUGAAGAUUCAGAAAAUAGAAUGUGAUAACUGCACAAUAGAAACAGAGAAGGGGACGAGUGUCCUGCAGUCAAUAAAGAGCCAUAAAAUUGAUAUAAGGACAAAUGGUGGCAAAGUAAUUGGUCUUGGGACACUUUAUGGCAACACAGAUAUUUGUGCAACAGAAAAGGGGAGUGUAAAUAUAGAGAAGCUGCAGGGGACAACCAUCAAUAUAUCUACUGAAGAUGGGCUGCUGAAAACUAAAUAUCUCUAUGCAGAAUCAGCAUCUCUCUCUUCAGAAUCUGGUGAUAUUAUGCUGGGAAGUGUUCAUGGUAAUACCAACCUUCAGACCAAAAGAGGGAGUAUCACAGUUGAUUCGUCAGAUGGAAGUCUAAAAGCUUCUACAUGUCAUGGGACAAUAGAUGUUUAUGUCAGUCAAUUAAGAAAAGUGGAUCUGAAAUCCCAGAAAGGUUCAAUUACAGUCAAGGUACCUGCAUCUCUCAAAGCCUAUUUAGAGCUGUCUGGAAGAAAAGUGGAUGUGAGCUCAGAGAUCCAGUUAAAAGAAACACAGAGUGCCUCCAAAGAUGAUCAUGUAACUCUAAGUGGUCACAUGAAUCAAAGGGAUGAAACAGACAAAUGGAUUAAGGCUGACACACAAAAUGGCAAAGUGUGUCUUAAAAGCCAAAGCUGGAUCCAGUCUGUCAAACUGAAGAGUUCUUAAAGGUGAAAUAGGCCAAAGAGAUUAAAUCAAGAAACUACAAAGGAACAUUUCUGUAAAAUUAUGAAAAGUUUUGGAUGAAUAUUCUUAAUAUAAAAGAGAAACUAUUAAAAAUUAGAGAAUUUUAACCCAAGACUUGCUUGUGACAGUGCUGGUGCUAAACAGUCUGGUUUACUUUUAGUGCCUUUUAGGAAAGAGAUGAUCUUACAUAUUCAGAAUUCAUAUAACUUGACCCACUUACCAUAUCAGUUUAAAAGCUGGUAGCUUUCAAACAAAAGUUUGGAGUCAUCAUUUAAAAAUUUAAAAAAGCAUUUUCAACACUUCC